AUUGAACCACCAUGGCGGCGUCUUCAACGUCGUUACCUGUGCCUCCCCUCGGUAAAUAUCUCGCAUCGACAGACAAAAAAGUCCGCGACAAAGCGAUCAAGACCCUAUCCGUCUUCCUCUCUGAUUCUGAAGAUACUCUGCCGCCGCCAGAGUUGGCCAAAUUGUGGAAAGGAAUCUUUUAUUGCUUCUGGAUGUCUGACAAGCCCUUGAUUCAACAAGCUCUUGCGACUGAACUUGCAGAACUUGUGUUGACGAUUACGUCAACAUCAUCUUCGCUUGCGUUUCUAAGUGGUUUUUGGGAGACGACAGUUCGAGAAUGGAACCGUAUUGAUCGACUUAGGCUCGACAAGUAUUAUAUGCUUGUGAGAAAGUUCGUAAAUGCAGCCUUCAGACUGCUCAUGCGGGCAGGAUGGGACAAAGAUGCGUGCAAUCAAUACAAUACGAUAUUGACACGAGAAGGCGGUCCCCUAUGCCCAUCUGAUAUCAAAGUACCCAUCAGCCUAACAUACCACCUUUCUGACGUGUACAUUGAAGAGCUCGAUAAAGCGAUCGCAAGCCUCGAUUCAUCGUCUUCUGUGCCACCAGCCCCACUUGAUACUCUUCUUUCACCCUUCCUCACCGUCGCGGCCCAGACGCCGUCGGGGGCCACAUAUAAACGUAUCAAAUCGGCGCUUCUGGAUCCACUAUUAUCAGCGCUUCUAUCCACAACUAACUCGGAUGAGCCGCACCAGUCUAAACGCAUACGUCUGGAAUCCAAGGGUCCCGAGCCCUAUCCUCAUCUCACAGCGAAUGCUUGCAUGAUUCCGGAAGACCGUGGUCGGAUGGAUGGGUCGAUGUUGCGGAAGAAACUGCUUAGGCGUAUAUUUGACGUGGCCAGUGAUUCAGGUGCUCGAGGAUCUAAUCGACGAAAGAUGUACGAGAUAUGGAAAGGCGAGGAAGGGGUUUCUGAUGACGACAGUAGCUGAGUUGAUUGCAAGUUAAAUCUUCUAACGUAUUCGGGACAUGACUCAGCCUCCUCGUGUGAUUGUUGAUGGGGCCGAUUCUGGUCCUUUGAAUAAAAUACCAUUUCCGCUGUUGUCG